GUUGGGGCGACAUCGCCUCGUAUGGCCAUCCAACACAGGAAUAUACUGAAAUAGAUCGAAUGGCAAAUGAAGGAACGAGAUUCACGCAGGCUUACUCGGCUGACAGCAUGUGCAGCCCAAGUCGAGCUGGUUUUAUGACAGGCCGACUACCGAUUCGUCUUGGAGUCGUCGGCGGAAGGCGCGUGUUCAUGCCAUUCGAUAUUGGAGGCUUGCCAAAACAAGAUGGAGGCUUGCCAAAACAAGAGACGACGAUGGCCGAGAUGCUCAAGGAAGCAGGUUACGCAACUGGAAUGAUCGGUAAGUGGCACCUUGGCAUCAACGAACUGAACAGCACCGAUGGAGCUCACUUGCCCUCAAGACGGGGUUUCGACUUUGUUGGUCUCAAUCUACCGUUCACAAACACAUGGGCUUGCGAUACUACGCAGGUUGAAGUGCUGCAUAAAUGUACUGUUCAGGAAUUCUACCCACAAGGGCCAGAUGCUGCGAUGUGUUUCCUCUACGAUGGCGACGACAUUGUUCAGCAACCGCUGAGAUUUGAAUGGAUGACCGAAAACCUUGUCCAUGAUUGGAGGCGAUUUCUGCACAUGAGGAUGACUACGGAUCAGAAGGAACGUCCGUUCUUCUUUUAUUUCGCCUUCCCACAGGUACAUAGCGCCCAAUUCGCCAAUGCAGACUUUCGAGGUUCUUCUGUUCGCGGCGGAUUCAUUAGAAGUAGUCUAAAACUUUUCCGGAUUCACUAUCGAACAUCUCCGAUAUUCUACAACGAUACCGUUGAUCCAAACCUUCCCUACUUUUGCCCGAACGGAAAACCUCGUGCGGACUGGUUGGUGGAUCUGAUUUCUUUUUUGAUUUUGCCUCAGAUUUCUGGGCGGCAUGUAUUGUGUGAGGGUUAG